CAGUUUCUUUUCAUUUUCGUUUUGCGUCGCGUGAAUUUGCUAGAUCAAAAAUAUUAAAAUACAAGUGAAAUAUUCAAUAAAUAUAAAAGAGAAUGGGUUUUAAAUUGUGCCCAAAAGAGUGCGGACACUUUUACAAUGAAAAACAAGGUGGAAGAGGUGUAAAAUGGAUGCUAGCUCACUGGAGGCUCUAAAUGCGCAUUUUCUGUUCUCUGCAGUGCAGCACUUUGUGGCUGACGGCUAACGGAAGGGGCCACAGCGUGAGUCGUGAGUCUGGGCACAGGACACCUACACCUACACCUACACCAACAAAUCAACAUCGGCAGGAGUCUCCAGCAGCAGUAGUCACCCCCAACCAUCGAAUCAGCGUCUGGGCUGUGUGGCAUGCAACAAUUAUGGAAAACUCUCCACAUCGGUGUAUUCCGAUUCGUGUAGAGAGAGCGCCGCGGCGCACCUAAAGCAAAUGUGUGGGCGUGGGAGGCGGGGCCCCGCAUGGCCAGAAGGACUUACACGGACACGCAGCAGUCAGAAGGCAGCUGCCGCCUGCAUCCGCAUCCAGGGAAAUCGUUUAGCUGUUGCUUUCCACUCCUCCACUCGAGACGCGAGACGCGGGAUACGAGACGAGACACGGAGGCACGGCUUCGGGUCGGGUCGUCACGAUGUUGGCAAGGUGGAAAUUGAUAUUACUUUUUAAUGCCGUUGCCAGCUGUGUGGCUCGCGACGAGAGCUUUCCAGUCCGAGCCUCCUCUGCGUGGGACAGAGAGAGAAAGAGACGGCCAGAGAGAGAGCGUGAGAGUCGCACGAUGGUUAUGUGUGUAGCAACAGACUGCCAGUGCCAACCUCGUCACAGUUCGAGUUGAGCCGUCUCGUGAGCAGGACAUAAAGCGCGGAACCUGCCACAGAGUAGAGUGCGGAGGAGGCCCUGAAGCGCCACCAGCAGUAGCAGUAGCAGUAGCAAGCAGCAUCAGCAGAAAUCCAGAACGAACCUCAGAACGCCGCGUCCUGCAAUGUGUACUCCCAACAAAACUCUGGGCAAAAGGUGUGUGUGUGUGAGUGCGCGAGUGCCGUGCCCCUUGGCCUCAUCUCCAUCUACCAUUCGUGUGUGUUUUGUGCCGCAUCCAAAGCUCCAGUAGCCAGUAGAAUGAAUGAAUGAAGGGAAGAAUACCCCGAAGCAAACUCCUCCCGAUCCAAAGAAAGUGUCGCAAAAACAAACGUUAACUAAAAUUUAAAUUAACGCGUUAGCAACACAAACACUCCUACGCUACCGCGUACCUGUCCGCAACAGAAGUACAAGAAUAUAAUUCAACAGAAAAUAAAUGUAAUAAAUAACUUUAAAAGAAGCGCUGGAAGAAGAGACCUUUAAGCGAAGGAAUCCAAGGGCACCCCACCCCACUCUAAACAAAAUUCACGAAUCGAAUCACAGAUUGACUUUAAUCACGGAGCACGGAAUUUCAAAUCGAAAGCCAAAAAACCGAAUGCACAUCGACAUAAAGGCCACAAAUCGAGCAGCAGGCAUCCCAUUAUGAUGAUGCUCAUGAUGAUGAUGAUGAAGACGAAGGCCAUGCCAGUGGCAGUAGCUGUGGCAGCAACAGUACAACGGAAAUGAAAUCAAAUCGCACAGCUGCAGGAGGAACGCAACAGCAACGCAACGCAACGCAAAUAAUAAUAACAACAGUUGUGAAUUAUGGGAAAAAGUUAAUUAAAAGCCCAAAAGUACGGCACAUAAGUGGGGCUUAAAGCGAGAGGCAUAAGCGAGAGCCCAUAAAUCAAUCGGAACGAGAGUAAGCCAGCCAGCCAGCCAGCCGGAAAAAAGGAGAGAAACAAAGGAGCGAACGAGCCAGAAUAUGUAGAGUAGAGGCUGAAUGCAUGCCCAAUGUCAAUGCCUACUAUUUACAUGGCCAAUGAAAAAUGGCCAUCAAAUUGAAGGGCAUAACGAGCAAAGCCAGCAGCAAGAACAACAACAGCAACAAGGAUAAAUGCAGCAGCAGCAGCAGCAGGAGGAGGAACAAACCAAACAGAAGAACCCAUUCAAAUUGGAAUGACUUAAAGCGGCUUACGAGUGUGUGUCUCUGUGUACAUUGAACAACAACACAAAAACGAACAAAAAAGCAACCAAAAAAACCGAAACAAAGCGCAGCAUACAGGAGCACACAGCGUACACACGGCGUAUGCGUGAUUAAUUGCACUUUAAACACACACAGAGGGAGGAAAACACCAGAAGGAAACGCUGUCAAAAUGUUGCCAACCAAUGUGAUGACAUUCAUGAAGAAGAUGGUGGCCACCGAUGAGACGAGCAACGAGCGGCAGCAGCAUGCCACGGACUCGGGUGGCGGUGCCUCCAAUACGGGCGCCUUGAACAAAAUGAAGGCCACGCUGUCCUCCUCGCUGCUCACCGUCACAGACAAAGUUAAUAAAAUGUCGCCACGCCCCUCGCUGGUGCCAACGGAUGCGGACACAAGCGGCAGCUACGGCUCGCCCAGCUAUCAGCAGCAGCAGCAGCAACAGCAGCAGCAGGAGUCCGGCAACCAGAACAACAACAACCACAGCACGACAACAAGCGGCAGCGGUGGAGGCGGGGCAGCGGCCAAACAAGAGCCCGGACGCAGAGCUGGCGCCUGCAGGGUGUGCCUCAAGUCCUUCAAGCCGGACGACUACCACAAGACGUGCUUCGAGUGCCAGCAGCGGGUGUGCGAGGACUGUGCCAGCUACAGCAAACUGGACGAGCACGAGGAUGCGACCAUGUGGCGCUGCAGCGUUUGCCGCCGCAAGAUGGCCUCACGCGUCUGCAUACCGCAGGACUCGACGGACUCCAUGCUGGAUGUGCCCGUUAUGGAGGCGCUGCAGCGUCGCCACUCGGACGCCAAGCUGGGCAGCAGCACCCAGACCCUAGCCCCAAGCAACGGGGCAGCUCUGGCACCGCCACGCAGUCCCGAACUGCGGCGACACUCGGACGUUUCGCCCGCCUCCCUGAAGGAGUUGGAACGGCAACUAAAAGGUGGCCGCAGCAUGGCGCCCAGCCGCUCCAACAGUCCACCGCGCGGCGAUGGCCAGGAGCCGCCGUUCGGAGCGCCACUAUCGCGCAUGCAGUCCAGGCGUGGCUCGCGGGUGGCCCGACAGCACAGCUACGACGAUGACAUGAAGACGGGCCCCGUGGGUGGCAGCAUGGGCGGCGGUGGUCCCGCGUUGGGCAUGGCAGCGGAUGGCUCCGGCCUGGGCAUACCAGCAAUGCCGCGCAGAAAGUCCGCCUACGAUGUGUUUGCACCGGGACUGGUCCAGGGCGGAGUGUCACCGGGCGGCGGAGGAGGAGGCCAGCAGCAGCAGCAGAUGCAGCGUUCGCCGUGCGAUGGUGGCGGCAUUAUGCCACCCAUACAGUUGCCCGGCUCGCGUAGACCCUCGUUCCGGGUGCCGCACCCCUCGGAGGAUAUACAGAACGAUGAUUCGCCCGGUUCGCCGGACCAUGGAAGCCCCGUGCUGACGGUAGACGACGACAGACGAAUGCGACGACGCGGCUCACAGCUGCCCGACAUUGCAAUGCUGCAGAAUCGCGGCGCAUUGCCAGCGGUACCGCCCGCCUCGAUUCCGCCACCGAUGGCUGCGUUCACGGGCCCCAAUCUGGAGGAUUUGGAGGCGCCACGCCGUCAGACCUCAAUGGAUGGCGAGGCCAUACGCAUUGUAAUACACGACGUGGAUUCGGGACCGAUUUGUGCAUCCAAGCGGCGCAUCAUACUGCGACGGGAUCCCACGGACAAGGCGCACCGCACACGUGGCUUUGGGAUGCGCGUCGUCGGUGGCAAGACCGGUGCCGAUGGCCGACUCUUUGCGUACAUUGUGUGGACGGUGCCGGGCGGAGCGGCCGAGAAGAAUGGCCUGCAGCAAGGAGACAAGAUACUCGAAUGGAAUGGCAUGUCCCUUAUCGAUCGGAGCUUCGAGGAGGUCUGCUCCAUUAUGGAUCGCACCGGGGACAUUGUGGAGCUGCUGGUGGAGCAUGCCACCGAUUUUCGUAUGUGCGAUCUCUUCGAUGAGAAUCUGCCGCCGGGCAAUGCCGGUGGACAGAGCGGACCACGACGUUCGGGCGAUGGACCCGUUGGCCUUGGGCUCAUUGCGGAACCCGAAACCACCACAGACAAAUCACCAGCAUCGCCCACAAGACGGAAAUUACCAAAAACUCCGGAGCAAAUUGCACGCGAGAAAAUGGUCUCGGGACGUGUCCAGAUUCAGGUCUGGUAUCACGCGGAGCGGCAGGAGCUGGUCGUCUCGCUGAUGGCCGCCGAUGAUCUGGCGCUGAGGGAUGAGGCAUACGGGCACGGCAAUCUGCCCGAAGCAUAUGCCAAGGUCCGCAUUCUGCCCAAGUGCGGUGAUGGCAGUGUGCAACAGACGGAGGUCAGUCGACCCACACAGAAUCCCAUUUGGAAUGCAACGCUGACAUUUGGCCAUGUCAAGGCCGACAGCCUGAUGGAUCGCUACAUAGACAUACAGCUGUGGGAUCUGGUGCCGCACACAGAGUCCAUUUUCCUCGGUGAAUGCAGCAUCGAGCUGCAGCAGGCCUUCCUCGACGAUCAGGCCAUCUGGUGCCGGCUGGACGAUAUGAAGGGACUGCGUGGCAUCAGCAUGAGCAAGUCGCCGAGCGUGUCGCCGCGUGGCUCCAUUGCCGCAGGCGCCGGGGCACCGUGUGGCGACGUCAGCCGACUGCUGCGACGCGACUACAACAUGCAGCGAUCCAUCUCCGAUGAGGUAGACUCCAUUGGAGAUGGAGCGACGCUGCUGCAUCCGGACACCGCGUGGAUGGCGGGCUCGCGGCGUGGGUCGUCGCAGUCGGAGACCAUGGAGGUGGAGGUCUACCAGCUGGGCAAGGACUUCUCGCGCUCAUUGCCGGGCUCGCGUCGAUCGAGUUUCCAGGAUGCCGAAAAGCAGCGGCUCGAGGAGGACGCCAUGGCUACGCCACCCACAUCGUAUCUUGUGGGCAGGCGCCGCUCCUCCGUGGCUCGACGCGAUCCGGAUGAGAUCUUGAAAUCCUUGAAGGCUGUCCGCGGCGAACUAGGACGCACCAUGAGUCUGGGCACCGAGCAGCACAAGCGCAUUGGAUCGCGACGUACCAGUCGCGUCGGUCUGCCGAGUGGACCCAACAGUCGCAAGAGCUCCAUUCUGGAUCUCACGCAGCAGCAGCAACAGAUCCAGCAACUCCAGCAACUGCAGCAACAGCAGCAACUACAGAUGCAGCAGCAACAUCUGCCAAUUGGCAUUGGCAACCAUGACACCAGUCCGCCGUCCGAUGAGGAAGACAAGCGCUUUCGACCACGCUGGAAGGGCUCUGGCAGCCAGCUGCCACCACAGAGCCCCAAGCAGGCGCUGUCGAGACUCAAGCAGGCCGCCUCCGUCUCGAAUGUGGCCCAGGAGCGACACAACCAGCUGCUGGGCUCCAAUCUGGGCGAUGGUUCGCCGCAGCAUCAGCAGCAGCAACAGGCGAACCUGCGGAAGAGCAGCAUGAUAAAUCUGCGCGGUCAGGGCCAAGGCCAGGACAUGCUCUCCGCUGGGCAGUUGCAGCAGCAGCAGCAGCAGCGCAAGGGCAGCAUGUUUCAGCUGGGCGAGGCCCAAUCGCUGUCGCAGCAGCCACAGGCACAGUCCCUGCAGCGCAAGGGCAGCAUGUAUGUGGGCAGCGGCAGCGACAAACCCACCAUGGGCACACCGACGCGGAAGGGCAGCAUCUAUCAGCGGACCAGCACGGACAGCGGCGACAGUCCGCAGCGGAAGCAGAGCGUGGUGAAGACCCUCAGCGGCAGCUAUGUCAAUGUCUCGGCCAUCACCGGCAGCGAGUCGAGCUACGGCCUGAAGCUGGGCCCCUCGCAGAUCCAUCCCAAGGGCUAUCGCCUGUCCACGGCACGUUAUGGGGAGCUCAAGAUGGGUUUUGUGAAAAUCAAAGGCAACGUCGAAGUGGAGCUAAUGUGUGCUCGUAAUAUUGUCAACGAGGACUGUGAGACGCCGCCAGACACAUAUGUCAAAUGUUACAUCAAGGAUGGGGAACGAUUGCGGCACAAGAAGAAGACGCGCGUGGUGCGCCACUCCGCGGAGCCAUUCUACAGGCAGACCAUCAAGUAUCAGAGCUCGGACGUCUUUGGGCGGAACAUUGUCAUCAUGGUGUGGCAGCGAUGCGUGGGAUUCGAGCACAACCAGGGACUGGGCGGCACGGAGGUGAAUCUGGACAAGGUGAACAUCGGACAGCACAUCAAUGGCUGGUAUCCGCUGUUCCCCAUGCACAGCUACGGGGGCUCCGACUCGGACAACUCUCCUUGACCGAACACGCCAGCGCGUGAGACAUCGAAAACAAUAAUUCAAAUGAAAUGCACGACACCAAGAGAACAAACACUCGUAACACAUCAACUGAAAGCUCAAUUUGUUAGCGUUUAGCAUGGAUCAGCCAUAUAAAAUAUUACACACUCCCCUCCAAGCAGAAAGAAAGAAAUCCCUAGCAAAACCUAGAAGCAAACUGCAUUAUAAUUAUGUGUCCCCCCCUUGUAGUUGUAGUCAAUGAGCUUAGCAUCGGUUGGCAGUAGGCAGUGGGCGGUAGGAAUGGGUUUAUUGGGUUGUUUUGGGUUGGGUUAUGUUAAGUGUAUUCACGGUGCGAGAGCUUUGUAAGUAAGGUACACGGUAGGGUAAGGCUAAGGGCAAGCACUGUACGAGAGUAAUCGUACAUCAACUACUGCAUACAUAUAUCAGACAGCACAAUAAUUGACAAGAGAUCGACAUGAGAGAGUGGGAACCGAGAGUACCAGAGAGAAAUAACUACAAUAUAUAUAUAGGAAGUACAUACAAUAUUUAUGCGUAUAUAUAAUAUAUUUUUGCUUGUUGUGUUUGUGAAAGUUUAAUGAAUGUUGUUUGCAUUUGAAACGAGAAUUGCAACGGUGGGCACUGAAACAAUAAUAUUGAAAUAUCUAGGCAACGAAGACAGACAAACAGAGAGAGACAGAGUGAGAGUGGGUCAAAGCAUGGCAGCACGUCAAGGAUUAAUGGGUAUAUCUAAGUGUUAAUUAAAUGUUGCGCAAAUACCAAAUUACAAUAGCCUCCAACUAUCUCUACAGUUUGGUGUACAGCUGAAAGGUUUCAACUGUUUCACACAUUGAAAAUAACAAGCAAGCAACCCAUCAACCAACCUAACUAUCAACUCAAGCCGAAGGAACACAAAUGAUAUCUUUCUAUUUAAUGUGACAAUCUUUAUGGGUGUCUGGUGUGUUGUGUGUGUGUGAGAUGUGAGUGCGACUGAAGCGUGAUUAAGACGAAUUUACUGUAGUCAUUUUAUGGUAGGGCAACCAUUUGUAGGGCAUUGAUUGCUACACAGCAGCGGCGGCAGCAGCAUCAGCAGUGGUGAGGCAUCCUUCUGUUCCUUCCUUCGUAUCGCUAACUCUUGACUCUCUGUAACCCGUUCCACCCGAUGCUUUCUCAGCUACGAACAGGACAAUCUCUUGUGACGACAAAACGUGUGAAAUUUACAAUUUCGGAACUUGUGUAUUAAAUCGAAUCAACGUUCAACCUUAAUGACUUGGAGUUUCAAACUAAACAAAUUACAAAUAUAUACACACUUAUUUAUAUAUGAAGCUAUAGCUAUACACUUAAGCCGCAUACGCAGAGGCGCAGGGCAUUGUGAAACUUUUACUAUCCCCCAUCCGAAAUGUUUACUGCCCUUCCGGGCAGGCGGCUCUUUUUAAACGCUAGUUAUGGUAGCUAAAAUGUCUUUAAACUAAACUCCUUAACUCUUAAUCUGUACUCGUAAAUCCGUUCUUAUUGUUAGAUUGUUGCUUUGAGAAAACAAGAGCAGAAUAGUGCCCAUUGUCUGUGGGCAUAGUCAUUGUUGUAGAACUUGUAAGUAGAACCUAAUACUAUCUACAUAUGUAUAGCGCGUACACUUGGUAGUUGAGUUGUCGUCAAGGUAGUCAGGGUAAAAGUGAAACUAAAAGUCGUAUAUUCCCUUCCUGUCUUUUCCGUUUAGUUUUGGGCUAAUUACUCUUCACAAUCUGGCUGUCGACUUACCCGAGUUGUUGUUACUAAAUGGAAUAAAGGGGAAACGUGGUUGGGUGACGAAGAAAACUAAAAAUGGUUGUGCUAUCUCAAAAAAACAUAUAUUCUAAAUGUUGAAACUAUUUUUUUCGGCAAAAACAAAGACGAAGAGAAAACUGCUGCUAAAAUCUACUACUUAAGUCUAUUGAUCUUUUCUACUAUAACAUACAAAACCUACUGUUACUGUUACAUUUAACCCACUUAUUGUACUUUACCAAAGUGUUAGUUAUGUAUUUAAAAACAACGACAAGUACUUUGAACACUGUAAAAAUAACACCAUAUCAGCGUGUAGCGUUGGAAAACGAUGAUUGUUUGUAGAUGGGAGGAUUGCGCUUUAAAAGUGCCGAUUGGGGGGGCUGUAGGGCAAGGCUUGUAAGAAUACUAUAAUACAUAUAUAAUAACUAUAAAUACAUAUAUAAAGAUAACCUUAACGAUUUGUUAACAAUUAUUACCUAGCAAUUACCUGCAUUACACUAUGUAAAACGAUAUAUAAACCGAUGUGAAUUCCAUAAAUACCUACAUACAUAAAUGAAUAUGAUUAUUAUUAUAUGUAUUUAAUAUCUGGUAUCUGGUAAACUGUAGCAAAACCAAAGGAAACCCCCACAUCAAUGUGUGUAUCC